UUAGUGUUCUGUUUGAAGGAGCGUCAAUCCGACGUAUAUUUCUCUGCAACGACAGAAAUAUACAAGUUAACGUUAGAAAAAGGGCGCCCGUGGCCCUUUUCGUCGCGAAAGUGAGUGAAUACAGAACUUCAGUUUAAGAUCGAUCAAUAAUAAAAAUAGUACAAGUGUGACUGCAUGUGUGAGACAGUGGUGACGACGGGCCACGAGCUCAUCGUGGCCACAGACGAGGACGAUUUGGAUUCGCCGGGCUCGUCGAAUGUCGAUAUGCUCAACGUAACCAACAGCUCGGGCUGCGAGCUUGACGCCGAUUGCGAUAGCGACGACGGCGGUAGUUACAUGGUACAGCCGAGAAAGCUGGAUUUCGAAAAUUCAAUGGAUCUCAGCGAUGACGGUGAGCCGACGACGAUUGCUACUAAUGGUGGACAGGAUCGUACGCCAUCGGCGACGCUGUCAGGACCUAUGGGCCGUUAUCACAAGAAUAGCGUAGCAUGUAGUCCACCGUACAAGCGAGUCCGUGCCCUGCGACUAUUCGACUCGCCGGCGACGCCUAAGACACUAAUCGAGAAAAGUGCUAUGCACACGCCAAUACCCAAUAAAGGAACCCGACUCUUUCAUCCGGAUAAGCCAAAAGCCGUGCCAACCGCUUAUCACCAUCAGCAUCACCUUCUUCACCACCUCAAAAAUGGUGAUACCAAGCCACAAGCGAAUAUCAAUCCUUUCACGCCGAACGGGAUGUUGCUUACAGCGAGGAAAAGGACAAGAUCUAAACGAAGUCUUAUUGGAUCACCAGAGCUGCGAAUACCAAAGUUCGACCUAGUGGAUACAGACGAGUCAGACAACGAUGUGGAGCAACCAACAAAGCGCGUAGCUCUUCACGACUCCAACAUCUCACGCUACUACCAAGAAUUCCUGGAACUAGAGCAAUUAGGUGCAGGAGAAUUUGGUUCGGUAUACAAAUGCACGCACAGGUUGGACGGUUGUAACUAUGCAGUAAAAAAGAGCAUCAAGCCAGUUGCUGGAAGCGUCAACGAGAAGAAUGCCUUGAAUGAAGUCUACGCUCACGCAGUACUUGGCAAACAUCAGCAUGUCGUUAGAUAUUAUUCGGCUUGGGCUGAGGAUGAUCACAUGAUCAUUCAGAAUGAAUAUUGUAAUGGUGGGAGUUUAGCUGAUGCUAUUGCUAAGAACAGCAAAGAGGGCAGGCACUUCUCUGAAGCUGAGCUCAGGCAACUACUUUUACAUAUCGCAGAGGGCCUCAGAUAUAUUCACAGCAUGCAGCUCGUACACAUGGACAUAAAGCCGGGUAAUAUAUUCAUCUCGCGCGAAAAGAGUCAACUGCGAGUGAAUUAUGACUCGGCUGACGAUGGCUUUGACGAAGAAGAGACCGAGGAGGAGAUCACCUAUAAGAUCGGCGAUCUAGGCCAUGUCACUUCGAUAAAUAACCCGCAAGUCGAGGAGGGUGACUGCAGGUAUCUACCGACUGAAAUCCUUCAAGAGGACUUCACACAUCUGACCAAAGCGGAUAUAUUCGCCCUGGGUUUGACCAUGUACGAGGCCGCAGGUGGUGGUCCUUUGCCGAAAAAUGGUGAAGAGUGGCACGAGAUCAGACGCGGAAAUCUCGAGGAUCUGCCUCAGUAUAGCAGAGAAUUCAAUGAUUUGCUUAAGCAAAUGAUUCAUCCGAACCCGGAAAUGCGUCCAUCAGCAGUAACCCUAAUCCAACAUCGAGUUCUCAGUCCCAACGGCAACAAGACGAAAGCACAGUUAAGGCGAGAAUUAAACGCCGAACGGUUGAAAAAUGAGAUUCUCUCGAAGCAACUACAAGAAGCAGCAAAAUGUCUACAAACCAUUGCACCAAACGUAGUGGCAUUGAACGGCCCAACGACGGCAUCGACAACGGCAGUACCUAUAGCAACAAGCGGAUACAAAUUGAGACCGACGCCAACGAGAACGUCGUCGAGGGUAAUCGGCAGGAAAACCAAUCGCAGCAUCAGCGCUACCAACUUUUGAUUUAGCUUUUGCUGCAAUCGCUUUUUGUAUUCGCUGAUAUUGUGAUAUCCGGUCUUAGGCUGUAAGUUUACGGGCUCUUAUUUGGGAAAAAUUUAAUGGAUAUGUGCGUCCGUUGAAUAUGUUUUCUUUCUCGGUUGCGUUGCAUAAAGAACUGGUCGUUCUAUGCAGAGUGAAAUUGCUCGUUCUCGUGUAAAUAUUGAUCAGCGCGGUGGUUUUUUUUCUUCUGUUCUUUUUUAGACAAUCAACGAAAUUACAUUUGCUUUGCAUGCGUUAGAUGUACCAUCAGAUGUAUAUGUAUCUUUCGCUGAAUUCUAUGAAUAACUAGAGAUACUAUAUAUUUGACAAAUCGGUUAAACUUUUUAUACUGAAAUACAAAAGAUCUUUUUUCCGAACGUAUAUCAUUCUUCUACUGAACAAUUCAAACAGUUUAGAUUUAUAAAAUAAUCUUUUUCUAUUAUAUAUUCUACAAAACACAGUGCACAUCUUAUUUUAUAUUUUAUGGAAGAAACAAUAAUAUACUCUAAGAAUUUCUACAGAAAUCGAGAAUCAUCAUAUGUUUACUAGAUUUGCUAUUCAAUAAUUAUAUUUCGUUCUUUUAUCUCAAUCAUGAAAUUAUAAGUUAGCUGAGACACGGACUAUGCAUUAUUAAUAAACAUAAACCAUUAUUUUACAAAGCUGACAAGGUAUUUUUUUAAUUUUAAUCGAAACUGUAACUUCGCGAUCCAAGCCAAUCUCUGCAAUUUAACUCUGUAUAAGAUGUCGCGAGUCACAGCAUUUUAAGUCGAUGUAUAUUAUACUUCAGAGUUGAUUAAACAGCAUUGCUCUCAUUGUUGAAAAAAAAAAUGAAAAAAUUUAACAUUUUUGUAAAACGGUUUGGAAUUUCAUCGGUCGUAAACUUAACGUAUUCCUCUUUAUCGCUCACGCUAUAUUACGUUGUAUAGUAUAAAAAAGUAUUUUUAUGACUAUGAAUGAUAAUCUUAAGGAACGAGAGGGCGUAUUUUUUUUCAGUAAUUUAAACAGCGUGUGUGGUGAAUUAAUUUGCAUGGAAAGCAGUUACGCUGCUUUCUGACAAUUAUUGUUGCGGUGCACCUAAGUAUGAGUUAAUCAUAAAAUAAAUUUCUUUAUUGUAGGAGUGUGUUGAAUUGUUUAAAUUCAAAAUUAAAAAAAUUAGGAGAUUCUUACAAA